GGGGAGGGACCGGGGCGGAGCUAAGAUGCGGAGGUGACGCACCAGAGACCAGAAUCGCGGCUCCCGUCCGACCCCCAGCAAGGCCCAGACCUGCGUCAGGCUCCGGCCCCUUGGUUAAAAAUGGUCUCCAGGAUGGUCUGCACCAUGCUCUCUGGCCUAACAUUUUGGCUGGCAUUUGGGUGGACUGCAACAUCUGCUUAUAGUCCAAGGACCCCUGACCGGGUCUCUGAAACAGACAUCCAGAGGCUGCUCCACGGCGUCAUGGAGCAGCUGGGCAUUGCCAGGCCACGGGUAGAGUACCCAGCUCACCAGGCCAUGAAUCUUGUGGGCCCACAGAGCAUCGAAGGUGGAGCUCAUGAAGGUCUGCAGCACUUGGGUCCUUUUGGCAACAUCCCAAACAUUGUGGCAGAGUUGACUGGUGACAACAUUCCCAAGGACUUCAGUGAGGACCAGGGCUACCCAGACCCUCCAAAUCCUUGUCCUGUUGGAAAAACAGUCGAUGAUGGAUGUCUAGAAAACACCCCUGACACGGCAGAGUUCAGUCGAGAGUUCCAGUUGCACCAGCACCUUUAUGACCCAGAACACGACUACCCAGGCUUGGGCAAGUGGAACAAGAAACUCCUUUAUGAGAAGAUGAAGGGAGGACAGAGACGAAAGCGGAGGAGUGUCAACCCGUAUCUACAAGGACAGAGAUUGGACAACGUUGUCGCAAAGAAGUCGGUCCCCCAUUUUUCAGAAGAGGAUAAGGACCCAGAGUAAAGUGAAUAUGCUAGGUGGGCACCCACUCAGCCAUUAGUCCUCGGUAUUGCUUAUGUGCAUGUGUGCAUGUGUUAGAGCCCCCGUGAAUGGCAAAAUGUUUCUAAUUUAGACAAGUGUGGAAGAAAAGCAGUCUUACUUUGAUAUUGCAUUGUCCUUCACAUGGAUAACUCUGCUUUCUGCUAAAUUAGAAUAUGAGCUUUUAUUUUUUUUAAAUGAAGAUCUGAAAUGAGCAUUAAAAUUAAAGCACUUAUGUCAGUAACAGUGAAAAGCAAGACUGUGAAUGAAAUGUCCUCAGGUUUCUUGCAAUUUGGGCUGCAUUGUUUGGGCCAGGUCUGUCAAAAGGUGGUGUUUAUUUUUGAUGAUGUCAGUCACCCAGCCCUUGGGCAUUGUUAUACACCAAUAAAGAGAAUUUGACACAUUUCA